UCGGGACAUGUAAUACAGUAGCGGAUACGUCACUUGACGACCAUAUCUACCGUAUACAAACUAGCUCGGUUAUCCUAUACCUUUCCAAACACCUCCACAGUAGCGUACCACCAUCUUGUAUCGUCAAACGGUUGUACUACACUUGUACAUUUUCGCUGUUUGCGUCUUCCGAAUACGUUGUUCUAGGAAACGUAAGAUAUCCUGGUGGCUUAUCGACGUUUGACUAAGUAUUUCAGGAGAAUAAGAUGUAGUUAUUAAGAGUUAAGACGUGGAACCAUUAACUCUAAGAAGCGUUAUACGUCUUGAAACAACUUGGAGCUGGAUUCUGAAGACGCUGACUGACACGUGAAGAAAGAUGGGAAAGAAGGGAAAAGGAAAAGGGAAGGGGAAGGGAAAGAAGAAGAAGGGGAGUGCGAAGGGCUCGGCGGCGGGGUCUCGGGCUGCCUCGGCGGUGGAUGAUGGACCCGUGUCCGAGGCGAGGAAGGAGUUUUACCUGAUACAGAUCAAAGAUCUGGAGAGGAAAAAGGAAAGACAAGAGCUGAAGGCUAAGGAGCUAGAAGAUGCCAACAAAGAGUUUAAGGACCAGUAUGACCAGAUGUCCAAGGACAAACACGACAUCGUCACCUUCCUCAAGCGGACACUACAGGAGCGGGCCGACGAGGUCGGUGACCUUACGGACAGGUUAUCAGCCCUGCAGCAAGAUAAGGACCAGGAGAAAGAGGCGUAUGAAGAAACCAUCAAGACGAUGAAGGCGGAGUUCCAGGAGACCAAAGACAACCUCAGCACAGAAAACAUGAACCUACAACGAGCGCUCGCAGGUCUGGAGGAGUUUAAGAUCCAGAGAGAAGACUUGAUGAGGAAGUUCGCUAUUCUGGAGGAGGAUUCCCGGAAACUGCAGGAGGAACAUCAGGAGCAGAUGUACAAACUGGAGAGGAAGGCCGUGGUGGACAAGGACAGGUUAAAAAAGGAGAUGGUACUGAAGGUGAACCAGGUAGCGGCGGAGUUUAGGAAGGUUUCUAACAAACAGAUGGCGGACACCACCAAACGGACCAUCCGGGAGAACGCCUCCAUCAACAGUCAACUCACCAAGAUGUCGGAUAAGACAAUGGACAUGUUACAGGAAAUCGACGAGCUCCGCGCGAAGGAAAAGGAGCACCGACAGAAGAAACAGCUGUUAGAGACCAACGAGAAGGAACUAGCCAAGAAAAUACACUCCAGUCAAAAGGUGAUUCGCAUGCUGACGGAGAAGUCGAGGGAAACGGAGGCCCUACUGGCUGAGUUCGAGGCUAGGGAGAUGGAGUACCAGGCGAUGCAGUCAGAGACGCACCUCACGCGGACGCAGAACGAGGCUAUGAAACAAGAGCUGCAAAAGAUCAGCCGAGAACUGGAUAACAAGGUGGGAAGGUGGAUAGAUAAAGCUUAG